GAAACACACUCUUAAGAUACAGUCCGGGAUUCUGUGACAGAAAGUGUGAUGGCGAAAGAAAACGAUUACACAAUGGAAUUUAGAAGCUACAGAGAUGGCGCGUGGUACACCGCGCGUGUUUCGUUCGAGGGAGAGAUGCUGAGAGUGUGGUGCUUCGACUUCCCCGGAGAAUGCUAUGAUGCGUUUGAAGCCUCUCAGUUUGGAGAAUUUGAGCAGCUUCAUCAUUUCCAGAGUCGCUUCAGACCUCUGUCUAAACAGCUUCAAGACAGCGAGUGUGGUUCAGUCGCUAAAGGAACCAGAGUCUGCGCGUGUCAGCACUUCGCCCACGAUGACGUUCGCUUCUACGACGCCGUCGUGGAUGGGGUGAAACGAAGUAAACAUUCUUCGACAGAAAAAGAGAAAUCAUGCUUGUGCACCUUCAUACUUUUCUGGUUGAAUGGGCCAAAAGAGGGAAAUCUAACUGCUACAACAAUUGAGGAUAUAUGCAUAGUUCAAUCUGAAGGAGAGUUAGAUCCUAUAUUGGUUUCGUUUCUGGAGAUGGCAAAGGGGAAAAUAGAUUUGUUUUCCUCUCGUUCUGUUUCAGCAUCAAAGGGAGUUUCUAGCAUGGAAAUGACACCAGAAGGGGACAAAAGCUUAGGCACUACUUGUGGAAUUGGUUAUCUUGAACUAAUAGAAAAGGAAAAACGACAUGCUAAGAAGUCUGCUGCCAAAGUAUUUUCACAUGAAGUCAGUUGUGAUGACAAUGAAGAUCUGGAUCUUGAAGGAACAAAAAAUGCAUUUAUGAUAUUGAUUGCAAAUAUCGAUGGAGAAUUAUGUCCAUCUACAGUUACACUGUUCUUGCAAAGGCAUACUUCAGUAUCAGCUAGAGUGUUAAUUUUUCCAAAUUUGUCAUCGGAGGUAUAUACCAGGGGAGCCAUUAUAUUGGAUUCUGAAAAAGAGUUUCAAGAGAUGUGUGGCUUUCUGAAUGAUCCCAACUGCAUUAUAACGUCUUCAAGUGGCAGGCCAUGGGUGAUACUUGAAAAGCUAGUGGGACUAAAAGAAAUUAAAUCAUCAUUAGGAACAUUGGGGCAUAUAUCAAAGAGUAUAUCACGAAAAGUAAAGAGUGGAACAAGCAACGAUUUGAAGGUUCUGCACUCAGGAACUGAAGAAUUCAAGAGAGCUAGUGAUAUGAGGGAUUUGUUUUUGGAAUUUAUUAGUCACCAAGAGCGACUACACAAGAGACUUGCACUUGAGGAGAGAAGGAUAUUUGCUGAUGAACAACUUACUUGUUCGGAUUAAGAAGAGAUACAAAAGAGAAAAGAAAGGGAAAGAGACUCGAAAGUUUUUCCUACUGAUCUUACUGUAAAUAUAACCAUACUAGUAGGCUAUGGACAUGCUACUUUUCCCCCAAGAUUCUUGUUGGGUUAUUAAAGACAAGGUAAAAUUAUUUGAGAAUUUUCAAAUAGGUUUCUAUACUAAAAAUUCAGUGCUUGUUAGGGAAUG